GAAUCAUCAAGUCGACUUCAUGAACGACUGCAGAAACUCGGUUUCCAAAUCGCUCCUAGCGAAGUGUUCACGUCGUUGUCUGCAGCGAAAUGUUUAAUUGAGAAAGAACACCUCCGGCCAUUGUUGUUUCUCGAAGACGUUGCACUGGAAGAUUUUAGAGACAUUGAUCAAACUAACCCAAAUGCCGUGGUUGUCGGUCUUGCACCGUCGCGUUUCCAGUUCGACAACUUGAAUAAAGCAUUUCGAUUGCUAUUGGAUGGCGCAAAACUGAUAGCCAUCCAUAAAGGUCGCUAUUAUAAACGUAAAGAUGGACUCAGCUUGGGUCCAGGUCCGUUUGUUGAAGCCCUUCAGUUCGCCGCUGAUGUUAAGUUCAUCCGGAAUCGCUUCCAGGCUGAUGUUGUUGGAAAACCGGAACGAAAUUUCUUUCUGUCGGCUUUGGAAAGC